ACAAGAUGAUGCAAAUGAGAAUCUGGACGAGCUUCCAGAACUAGAUAAUGUUCAAUAUGGCCUUUCAAGAACAUUUACAGCAACCACUGUUCUAAAUGUUGGGAUGCACUUGCUGAAUUCUAAAUUAUGGAUAAUUCGUGUUUUUGCGGCCUUUCUAAAUCAUCAUCAAGCUCACGUUAACCAAAGAGUUGCAGUGAAGACGAUAGCUAAAAUAGCCGCUACGGGAGUUGUCCAGCAUCGGUCUUUUGAAAAUGUGAACAUUACUACUAUCAUACCUGUAUUUGAAGAACUGUACAAUGCAAUUUUGAUAAUUUACGAAGAUGAAUUCGCAGGGCAAAAUUACGACAAUACUUCCGUCUCUUGCAGAAGUGUCUCAGUGAUGAGAACUGGAUGCCCAAAACGUGGAGUCUUCUUCCUGCCGCGUCCGAUUCUAUCGUGCAUACACGCUACACCGGACCCCAGGUUAUGUACGGACUAUUUGAAGUCGCAUUUGAUAAAAAUCAACAAAAUGAAGACGAAGAUGGAACAAAUUAUUUUAUACCUCCUGCGUUGAUUUUCAACGAUCAUCUUAUUUUCAAGUAUCAAUUUAGAUUGAAUAUUAUCGUGAUUUUCAUUUCCGUGAAGGACUGUGGAAAAAUAUGUUCGAUUUACGUAAAGUUCAAAGACAAAGAGUCUUGGGGCAUAGUGAUUCUACUACAC